UUUCUCUCCCUCCCAGCAACUCCGAGUCUUCUUUAUAGACUUCAGUACUGUACCCCCAGAGCCGCACACCAUACCCUUAGCACAAUAUGGCGUCGUCAAGCGCGAUUCCGAUCGCACAGCUGCUCGCGGUCAAUCCGUACAAUCCGGAAAUUCUGCCGGACCUCGAGAAGCACGUGGACGAUCAGAUCGCCAAUGGAACGUACGACCUCGAUGCGAACCUCACACUGCUGCGCCUCUACAUGUUCGAGCCCGCUCGAGUGAACGUGCGCAAGAUCAGCCGCGUGCUCAUCAAGGCCAUGAUGGCUCUUCCUCGCACGGAUGUCACUCUCUGCCUCUGCCUCAUUCCCGAGAGAUAUCAAAUCGAGGAGCCCCUUUCCACGCUCAUCGCGCUCUCGCAGUUCCUUGAGACGGGUCGGUUCCGCGAGUUCUGGUCGGAGGUGGCGCAGCAACGGGACCUGCUGGGGGCUGUGCCGGGCUUCACUGAAGCCAUUCAGGCGUACGCGCUGCAUGUGCUCGCCAUCUCACACCGCCGCGUGCCCAGAGAAAUACUGGCUGAGGCCAUCAACAUGAACGGGCCGGCAUUGGAUGACUUCAUUCAGCACCACGUGGAGGCCAGUGGUUGGAUGGUGGCACCAGGGAAGACCGGGCAGGUGGUGGAGCUACCGAGCAACAUUGAUGCGCAGGCGGCAUCAAGGGGGUUGACGGAGUCCAUUCCUUUGGACCACGUGGCUCGCCUCUUCCCCAUCCUCACAUGACCAAUACCUACAUCAACAUCAGCAUCAACUUACUGUAGACCCACACCGGCAGCAUCAACACGUAGUAUAGAAAGGUAACAGUAGUUUUGUUUGUUGACAAUCAUUGCGAUUACGAUUCACAAGGAAUUGCAUUGCGGUUCAUGAGGCGAUGACUCCUUAUUCAUACCUCGGAGAGGCCUUCCAAGUGCAUUGGAGAUGGCACCUUGAGAACAACCCAAAGGAAAACUGAGCUCACAUCAUGUCCCAGCAUGGUGUACAGUACAGGCAUGGGUGUGGUGGAUGGGGAGGGGAGUGAGGCGAUGCGAGAGAAAAAAUGAGAAAUCUGUACCCAUACCAAGGUGCAGUGCAGUGUCAACAUAUAUUUUGUAAAUGUUUUAGGCUAGAUAGGUGCAUGCUCAUAUAGAGUUCAACA